AUCAAUCGCGCGGCUUUGAAGUUGAUUUCGUCCGUCCGAUCGGAUUAGAAUGUAGAAUUAAGUGCGGCCAGAAGGCACGAUAGAUUGGAGCUAAGCCAAGUGUGGUGAUUUCACCUGAGAUUAGGGACUUUCUAUUAUUUUUUUAUAAGACUGCGUGUGUUUUGCGUAAUAGUAAUAAAGUUGUUCUUUAUCUGGCCUAUUGAACGAUUAAGAAAAAAGAAUAUUUCUGUGGUUUUAAAUUGUGCGAAAAUUUAAGAGAAAAAGAUAGAAAGUAUGGUGAAAAUUUUAAAUACCAGCUCCAACAACAACCUGUUCUUCAACUCUGAACAAUACAACGAUUGUUCAAGCUUCUUGAUGAAAGCAGAUGAUCCUCCGCUGGAAGAGCUGGACCCGGCCAUCCUGAGCUGCGGAUUGCCGGCGAUCGUACUAUCGGACAUGCAGCAGCAGAACCAGCCACAUCCGGCGCUGGCCUCGUUGAGGGCCCCGAAGAUCCGUUACACGCCCGGCCAGCUGCAAGCCAUGCGCAAGUCGGCCCUCUGCUUUCGCCGACCGGUCGUUGCGGACGAUCCCCGCAUUGGCCAGUUUGCCAUCUGGAGGAGCGCGAGCCAGCUGAAGCGAGGUGGCCGGGGACCACCGUACACGUCCCGGGCCACGGAACAACAGAAGGGUGAUCGGGGCGAUGACAUGAACGAUGGGAAGCCACAGGAGAAGCCUCCGGGUGGUGGAAUUGGACUUCAAAAGUUCCACUAUGGGCGUGAAAAUGGGUUCGUUGGACCGAGAUUCCGUCGCAACUACGACUUCAACAAUCGCAACCACCACGUGAUCGUGAAGAACUACCGCGGCGGCGGUGGUGGCUACGGCGACGAUCACCACCACCACUACCGCCUCCAGGACACGGUCAUCGAGGAGGAACCGGAGUGGAUGGCCGCGGGGCCCACGUCCCGCCUGGACACCAUCGAGCUGCGCGGCUUUGACGAGGACGUCUCCCCGAACGCCUCGCUGGAGAAGGCUUCCUCCGAGGAGCGGAAGGUUGGUGGGAAGCAACACGUUUCGUUCUACGACGAGCUGCACCACUACGAGCACAUUGUGGGUGGGGCGAAGAAUCGCGGCGGUGGGAAUACUUCGUCGGGGGAUGUGGAAAGUGUGGCCACGUCGAAUGGGAGCUCGCCGCCGCCGGCACGAAGCACGCCGACUAAAAGUGUGGGCGAUUGCAACAAUAACUUGGAGGGGGAUGAGAAGCAGAGGAUGGGACAGCGGGACGGGGUCAACGUGAACAAUUUUGAGGAGUUUAUGAAGUUUGACUCGAUUUUGGGGACCGACAGUGGUGCCGGCAACAGUGGCGCCCAAUCCGGAUCGCGCUUCAGCAAGUGGUUCCGCCGUGGUGCGAAUGGGUACAACCAAUCGAGCGGGGCGAACUUCCGCCAGGCGUUCCUGUCGAACAGCGACGCCAUUGGCAACAAUCGCUUCCCCCAGCAGCAGAACCAGCAGCGUCACUACGGACAGCAAUCUGCGGCGUACGGCAACCGUGGCUUCCACCCGUCGGAGUCUUACGAUCCGCAGCAGCAGGGUCACUUUGGCGAUGAGUCCAGCACGGCGUUCAAGCGCCUGGUCGACAUGGUGGCCCAGAACCGUGCCAGCAACAACCUGCUUGCCCAGCAGCAGUACCUGAUGCAACUGCUCAACAAGAACCAGCAGAGCGAGAUCUUGCGCCGCAUGCUCAUGAAGAACGCCGUCGACAACGUCGUGGCCGACACGAACCAACAGCAGCAGCAGCCGGCAAGUCAACAGCCGCGCAUUCCGACCCAGCAAGAGCUGCAGUUCCACACCCAGAGCAUCAUGCAGAACGCGCUGCUGCGCAAAAAGCUCCAAGAUCAGCGCAAGAUGCUGUACGAGCAGGCCGUCGAACCGGCCAACCCAGCCGUCCAGCAGUUUGUCCAGUCCGUCUGCCCCAACAUCCAGCGCAGUCUGUCGGUCCUCAGCCAAACGGCGAACCAAUUCUCCGCGCCACCGCCACCGCAGCCGUCGUCCGCCAACUCAAUGUUCCCCGGCGGAUCGACCGCGGCCGAGCUGUCCAACUCGCUGCAGCAGAUGCUGCAUCUGUCGCAACCCCAGCAAGGACGUCACGCCGCCAACCGUGGUCGCUUCGGCAAGGGUUCCGUCACCUGGAACCUCAACUGACCGGCGUUGUUUAGCUAGGAGUGCUGCGCAUUUGUUCCUUUAAAUUUUUGCUUCUUUUUUCCCAAAAGAGAGAGAAUUGACUUCUCGCAACCUAUUUUGUUCUGGCGCCGGUGGCGCUUCAUCUGCUGGAAAGUAGUUUUUUUUUUCUUUUACUAUUCAAAGUUCUCAAUUAUCAAUUUCCCCCCCAAAAACAUUAAUUUGUGUUGCGUUUUUUGAUCGAUUUUUCUCUUUACUGUGUUUCGUUCCCUCAUUAUUAUUGUAGUAUUUCUUUUACGGCUAAAAGUUUCCAUCAUUACUCAUUUAUUUUCUAAAAAAACAAACAUUUCUGUAUUUGAAAAAAAAUGAGGCAACAAGUUUAGCUCCCAAGACGAUUGUUUGUUAUCUGCAAGAGAACAAAACGAAACAAAACGGUUCACAAAUUACACCAUUGCUCGGGCUUGCUGAAGUUUGUUCUGUUUGCUGCUCGUAACCAUUUAUCGAACCGACAUCGCCAUUUUAUGCUGAACUGAAAUUGGCGUUCGAACCAUCUGCGAAACAUCUUCAUCAUACAUAGUGAAUUUAUAUUUUGAAACUCAAACUUUAUAAUAAAGCAAUUGAAUUGUAAAACUAAA